CAAUCGAUUAUUUAACAUCGAUUAUCACGUGAAUAUAGAUUUUAUAUUUUUGUUGCAUCCAAAUUGUUUUUUUUAAUUGUUUACGAAAUUAAUUAUCCAAUUAUUCUUAUGUCUUCAUCAGAACCUGAAAAUUGUCCGGGUAUCGAUUCUGAACAGGCGGGAAAAUCAACCGCAUGUGCUGGAUGUCCUAAUCAAGGAUUAUGUGCUGGUGGCGAAUUACGGUCAUCGAUCAAAGAUGCUGAACAAGAUUAUUAUGAAAUAGCAAGGAAAUUAUCACCGAUCAAGCACAUCAUAAUUAUAAUGUCGGGAAAAGGUGGCGUGGGCAAAAGUACAGUAGCUACUCAAUUGGCUCGUUUUAUUGCAUUCAAUAAUCCAAAAUGCAAUGUUGGUCUAUUAGAUGUGGACAUUUGUGGCCCAUCGAUACCAAAAACAAUGGGUGUCGAAAAUGAAGAAAUAUUCAACUCAGCAUCUGGUUGGUCGCCUAUUUUUGUUGACGAUAAUCUUGCUGUAAUGUCAUGUGGUUUUCUGCUUGAAUCGUUGGAUGACGCUGUCAUUUGGCGUGGUCCUCGUAAAAAUGGAAUUAUCAAACAAUUUUUGCGAGAUGUUGAUUGGAGCGAACAACUUGAUUAUUUAAUAAUUGAUACACCUCCAGGUACUUCUGAUGAGCAUCUAUCGCUGGUGAAUUAUCUGAAAUUUUGCCAAAAUGUUCGUGGGGCCAUAAUGGUAACGACACCGCAAGAGAUUGCCCAAAUGGAUGUACGUAAACAGGUGGAAUUCUGUCAUAAAGUCAAAUUGCCCAUAAUUGGUUAUGUAGAAAAUAUGUCUGUGUUUGUAUGUCCAAAAUGUUCGAAAGAAAAUUACAUUUUUAAGUCCAAAUCAACAAAAUUUACACUGGAAGAUAAAUAUGGAAUCAAAUUAUUAGGCCGGUUACCGAUUGAUCCUCUGAUCGGAAAGAGUUGCGAUGAAGGUAAAUCAUUGUUUACUGAUGAUAAAGUACUCGAUAAUCGAAUUCUUCAGGCAUUCCAAGAUUUAUGGGACAAUUUAUGUAAGGAAAUUGAUAAAUCAAAUCAAUAAAUAAUCAUGUAAAAUUUUCGAGAUUAAAAAUUAAUAAAAAGUUUAUCAUCAGUUUA